AUCUCUCUUCCAGGAAGACGAUAUAUCAGAGAAGGAUGGCUGUCUCUUGUACCACCCAGUGGAGAGGAGGUCAAACAUCGCAUGCUCUUCCUCUUCUCUGAUGUCCUGGCUGUCACCUCUCCUUGUCACCCCUUACACCCCGUCAACGCUCAUAAAUUCUGCUGUCGGGCAAUCUACCCACUGAGAGAAUGCCGGGUGGAGAGAGUCCUGGGCCACACCCAGAGCCAAGGAGGGCUGAUCAGUUUGUCCUUCAAGAGGGAGAAACUUCUUCUGAUGUCAUCCAACCAACAGGACAUGAACAGCUGGUACGAGUGUCUGCUGACUGCCGUGAGAAAACUCCGCUCAGAUGGCAGCACUAGUGGUGGAGGAUCACAGAGUCAUCCAACGAUUCCCGAGGAGCCACCAAACACUUCUGUGCCACCGAGAGUUCCCAAGAGACGUCAUGUCAGUGUGCCGAAGGAAGAGUCUGGAGAUCCAGAAGAAGCAUCAUGGAAGCGAAUGAGAGUCACUGAGCCUGUUGAAGAAAAGCCGGAGCCGUCAUCACAGGCUGAUAAUGGAGCCGGGUGGAGAUGUGCCAUUUUAUAA